GAACAAACGAGAUCGUCCCAACAUGAGUCUGACAAUGAAUUUGAGAUUGAAAUAUUUGACAGUGGAAUGUCUCAAAAAACACUUGAAAGAAUGCCUGAAACAACACCUGAAAGAACGCCUGAAAGAACGCCUGAAAGAACGCCUGAGAGAACACCUGAAAGAACGCCUGAAAGAACACUUGAAAGAACGCCAGAAAGAACACCUGAAAAAAGUCCUGGAGGAACACCUGCAAAAACUCCUGAGGGAACACCUAAAAGAACAUUAUCAGAUUCAGUUACUCAUUCACCAAGAACUUCAAACUUAUCACCUCGAACCAUCAAAAAAAUGAAGGCAAACAUUAUUUUUCAAAAACUUACUGAACUCUCUGAAAAUGUAGAAAACAUGUCUGCCCGCCUGAGUAAGGUAGAGUCAAAUAUAGCUGAAAAUAACAACUGCAAUAACAGCAACAAUAAUAAUAAUAAUAAUAACAAUAAUAAUAAUAGCAAUACUAAUCAACGUAAUGUUUGUAAUGAUAAUGAAGAUUUUAAUUUGAUACCAGAUGCAAAUCGACAGGUAGAAAUAAUUCCUGGAGUCAAUAAUUCAUGGACUACACUGCAUGUGUCAAUGCGUGCAAUGCAACUCGAAUGUCAACACGAGCCAGAAGAAUAAUUUUAAAUUUAUGGCCGGUAGAGCGUCGUCGUAAACUUAUUCUUCGCGCUAAUGUAAAAAGACCUGAUUGGGAGAUAGUAAAAGACAAGG